AUGGCAGCGUACCAGUCUGGUCUUGUCCUGAACGCUGUCCUGGAUCAAAUAUUCGAAGAUAUUGCUGAACCGACAACUCGACUCAACGGUACCAUAGCUCUCAUUGGCGUGGCAUUGCUCAUCAGUGCCUUCCUACAGGCCUGGCUUCACUUCGCCGGUUGGGCACACAUGGCCUGCCGGGUACUUAUGACUGGAAAUGUUGAUGACUAUGCAAUCCUGGAUUGGAUCGUCAAGAAGGGCCUGCUACGUCUUGAUCAGGACCGCGCAAGCGUUGGUAAGGGCGCAUGCUGA